AUGGUUUCUGCAGAAAUGUACUCCUCGAAGGUCCUUCCUCCUUUUAUUGUGAUGACCGCGACUCACAAUGGCACACUUGCUAGACGUUUUGCUACGUGGCGUGAUGAAGGAGGUGAUGCAAGCGUUCAUUUUCAACCUUCACACUGGAUGGACACGCCAACCGCAAAAAAGUACGCGGACGUUUUGGUUAGUCUAUACCCGGGUCGAAAAAUUGGUCUCAUUUGGGAUGCAGCUUCAGCUCACAUUUGUCAGGAAAUGAUUGACUACUUGAACGAGAAAGGUAUCAUGUAUGAAAAAACUUUAUGCGAUGGAAGGUGUCACAAACCAUCCCACCCGGUAAUAAGUACAACGUUGAUCGAGGCUAAGUGA